CUUAAUUAUAAAUCCUAUUGUUUUUUGCAAAAAUAUCUCGUCAAUCUUAUCGUAAUUAAAAAAUACAAUUUACGCAUUGUGAAGAUACCUAUAUAUUACGCUUGAAUGUACUUUCAGGAUUAAACAUUAAUAUUGUUAGCUAAUUAUAUAUUCUUCAAAAGCUAAAAGUAUGAAACUCAUUUUUACAUUGCUAUCUCUUGCUGUUCUAACUGCUAGAGGACAUAUUCAAGUUUCUUUACAAGACGACAUAUUCACCGAAUCAGAUUGCACUGCCGGUGUCGCGGAGGGCCCGAUAUACUGCAACGCUUAUUUUCCUAUCUGGAGAUAUGAUAUACAUGCUAGACAUUGUGUACGUGAUUCAUAUGGAGGAUGUUUUCCCACGAAGAAUAAUUUUAAGAGUCUUAAGGAAUGUGAGACUGUGACAAAACCAGUGUGUCAACACAUACAGACUGUUUAGUUUUGAAUCAGUGGCGUACCGAUAGAUCAACGGGCCCUGGUUCCAGUAGGGAUGCGGGCCCGCCCGCCCUAUAAAAACGCACAUUGUAUAUAUAAAAAAUGUUUAAUAAACAUUAAAUAUAAAUCAUCCUAUAUCAUAAAA